AUGAUGAUGAGAAAUAUUGUAAUAGCGCAAGCAUUCCAAAACUCUACCCCUGGCUCAAGAGAAUUCCACUUACGUCUUAUUGAGAUCCCUGCUGUCCUCUGUCACGGCAUCGCUGUUCACUUGUAUCAGGCUUACGAUGGAGGCUUUCAUAAACCAGAGCCUCCCGACCCCAUAGUAUGGCCCGAUGAACUGCUUUGGCCCAACAUGCCACCCACACCACCCCUCAAAGCUCUGCCAGCGGAGCUUUUCCAUCAUUCUUAUGAUUUCUGGCAGCAAUAUCCUAACGGAAUUGCCGAUAUUGUCGGUUACUGGGCAGAAUAUCGUCUGUUCGGGGGGGUUGUUUUGUUUGAUCGUGGGGAGAUAGGGCACGAAUGCAAGGAUAUAUUUAUCCACCCAGUGGGCGGGUACAUGAUCUUCCAACUCUCAGAAGCUCAGGUGCACGCCUACAUCAGAUUCCUGCAGGGCGGGCAGCAGCCUCCAGGCGGCAUUCGGUUCAAGGCGGAAGAAUAUGCACGUUGUGUCGAUGAAAACUAUGCCAUGGACAUGAACAUUUAUCGCGACAGGUAUGAACGGAUUAUACCUCAGAGGCGGGCCCGUUGUGUUAUCCGCGGUGAGGAUCUUCCAGGAUAUGCACAAGCCAUGGAAGAUUGGGCUAGGAUAACUGGAAAUUGA